GACCCAAAAGAUCGAAAAAUACAAAAAUCAAAGAUCGUAAAAUCAAAGACCGAAAAAUCGAAAACCCAAAAUAAGAAACCGAAAAAUGAAAGACUGAAAAGCCAGAGAUCGAAAAAUCAAAGACCGAAAAAUAGAAAACACAGAAUCAAAGAGCGAAAAAUCAAAGAUCUAAAAAUUCAAAACCAAAAAACAAAGUCCAAAAAAUCGAAGACCGAAAAAUCAGAAACCCAAAAUUCAAAGACCGAAAAAUUAAAAAUCAGAACCCGAAAAAUUAGAAACCCAAGUAUCAAAGACCGAAAAGACAAAAUCCGAAAAAUCAGAAACCUAAAAUUCAAAGAGCGAAAAAGCAAAGACAGAAAAAUCGAAAACCCAAAAUCAAAGAGCGAAAAAUCAAAGAUCUAA